AUGUAUCGGCCAAACUCGCGAUGGACGUGGUCGUUCGUCAUUGUUGCUUGCGUCCAGGCUGCUAUUAUUCUUGGUUUUGAGUCGUAUGUCUUUGCACGCUUCCAGUCCGAACUCAGAGGCAAUUGGAGCAACACAGCUACGUCGAGAACGAUCCCGACUUUCUUAACUCUCUACAUCUUCGGUUUUGUGUACGAGCUUGUUUUGACCUACGAUGCGCUUCAAAUGAAAAACACCAUUCAGGUCAUUGGAAUAUGUAUUUGCAACGUCGGCCUGCUUAUAUACGGCGCUGUCCAAACAGACCAGAUUCGAGACGCUAUCUUGCAGCUGAACGCUGGUAAAAACAUUGACAAGCAAAUCUGGCCCGACUUGAAGCCGUUCCUCAUUGCUAUUCCGAUCAUCAUUGGUCUGGGAACUGUGUGUCUGAGUUUCAUCGCCUGGAAACUAUACGAUGAGUUUGCCUGGACCAUUUAUAAGCAUAUCAGCGCCGAUUUGCGAAUGAAGCGGCGAUAUCUAACAUACCAGAUCUAUAUUGCGCUCCUGAAAUUCGACUUCUUUUUCUUCUUGGGCUUCACCGUCCAGUUCGUCGUCAUUGUCACCGACAAGAAAGCCACCGAGUAUAUCCUCACCAUUAUUGCCAUCCCUGUCACCAUCCUUAUUCUCCUAGGCGCUGCCUGGUCCACCCGUCGCGAGAAUACAUUGGGAAUGAUAGUUACAAUACUCCUCUUCCACGGUGGCCUCGCCUACUUCCUCUUCAAGCUCGUGCGAAUGUAUACCCCGCCACGCAUGGAUGCGUAUAAAGCGGCCCGCACGUCCCUCACCUUCUUCACUGUCAUCACCAUCGCCCUGAUCAUCAUGACCAUCGUGAACGCGUGCAUCUGCACACGCAACUUCAACAAAGGACUGAAGCGUCAUUUGUCGAACCGCAAGGUCAUUAGCGAUGAUGAGAAGCCAAAUACGAUGGAGAUGUCGUCGAAUAUGCCGCCAGGUGGGCCAUUGCCGAUGCGGAUGACGAUUGAUUGA